GCGAUCUCGUUGCCGAUGACGCCUGAGUGCCCGCGGGUAAAUCUCAGCUCGGAUUUACUUGUUGAAAUGGAAAUAGAACUGUCGAGAGGUUUGAUGUAAGAACACUGAACUCGCAUUCGAACAAAAUCAAAAAAGUUUCGCUCUCGUAGGAGGAAGUGUCGAGGUGUUGACGAGAAGAGCACUAGAGAGCCACUCGUAUCGUUGUCGAGCAGGGAAAGAUCGAUCAGUUGUAGAAUGAAGUGAUUAUAAGCAAAUCGACAAAUAUGCAUCAUUGAUCUGGUAUAAAGAGAGGUAUGAUCAUGGAGUGAGCAACGCGAGAGUGACAAGUCCUUCUGAGAUGAAGAAUUGGCCAUACAACUGCCAUAUGUUUCAUCUUCUCCAACUAUUCUUUCAUGUCAUCCAUUCAUUCUACUCAACAUAUCGACAUCUCACUUCUCAUCAAAACACCGCGUAGAGCUCUUAGAACACAACGAUCUCACAAGUCCUAGUCCGUUUCAACGACUUAGAAGUCGAUCACUCUCCUUUUUGUAGUUCAUUAGAACACAAAAAGUAGACCACUCCAAGAUGCCGAUGGCUAUGAAAGCAGCGGGAAAGGGGGCCAAGGUUAUGAAGUCCGAGCCCAAAAACGGAAAGGCCGCGAAGAAGGAGGCUGAGAAGGUAUUCACUAGCAAAAACAAACCUCUUGUCCGGAGAAAGCGUACACAUACUACUUACACUUGAAAUCUUCUAAUCAUACUUCUUGGUCUCAUGAUCUCAAUCCCCAUACUCUCCACAUCCUCCUCUCCAGUCUGCCUCGAAGAAGGGUGCCGCGGCUAAGAAGGGAAAGAAGGAAGAGAAAGUUAUCGACCCGUUGCAAGAGAAGCUCGAGUCUGUCCAAGAGGCUCUGCGUUUGUACUUAUGAAUCAAGUCAAGGACGAUGUGGAUGUGCAUUCAUUCUUGUUCGCGUAGUAAGUUUGAAAUCCACACUCAUUCUUCGAGUAGUAAGUUUGAAAUCCAAAUACUUCCUCCGCGCUGUCUGUAUCUUGAUUUCGAUCAUGACUACAUUCAGACUCUGUCUCUACGGGUGUUAGGAGCGACACGAUCAGGGACAGACACAUGACAGCGAAAAUUGAUGGCUAUGAUUAUAUCAGGCAGAAAUAGAACAUCAUAACACGAAACUUCUUAUUUACCCCCUUGUUCUCCCUGACACUCUCUAAUCCCUUCCGAGUUGGGCCUUGACACCACAAACUUGCUCGUCACCGGUGCUUCCUUGUGCUUGAACGUGGCCAUUGAGGAGCGCAACUCCGUGCAACAUGGCGUAAUUGGCUUCAUUGAGACGGAAUUGAAGGAAGCCGCUGCCCGCCUAAACGUAGAAACGAAGAAGCAUGAAGAAGUCAUCUCCACUGGAGAUCAGGUUUGCUUUUGAUUUGACUCUGUGAACAUCGCAAAGUUACUAUCCUGUUCCAGACCAACAAAUCCAAGAAUUGUUCAUGUGGUCAACAACAACACUAACGUUAAUGCCUUUUUUACAUCAAAUAAGUACUCAGCUCAUAGAUCAACCUCGCUCCUGAGACCUCGAGUCGUCAAAGUCAUAGAUCAACCUCCUCAGACCUCGAGUCCUCAAAGUCAUAGAUCUUCAACUAGUACCUGUAAGAACUACAGGUCUCUGCCGACCUCGAGUCUGAAAAGAAGAUGGUUGAGGCCGAAAUCAGCGAGACUAUGGACAAGCGAGAUGUCCUGGAGGGAGAAUUGGAAAAGGACACCGACACUCAUAAGGCAGCUCAGAAGUUAUGGUUUAUUUGUGGAUACAAGUACUUAGUAGAAGAACAGGAACUGGAGCUAGCACAUGAUCAACAACAUGAUGAUGAUAUUAUACAUUUUUUGCAGUAACAAGAUAGAAAGAGAACGCGACCGUGUUGACAUCUUCUAGGCCAAGAAAUUAUCUCUCUAACUUGGGCAGUCAAGGAGGCCAAGAAGUCCGUGACAGUGCUGGAAGCCGAUAAAGGCGCCAAGAUGGAGCGCAGCGCCGAGGUUUCGGAAGGAAUCGAAACCAUCUUUAAACCCCUGGUAGAGGAAGCUCCAUCCAGCGACAAGGCUGGUAAGAAGAAAGUCGCUGAAUUGAAGCGCUUGCUUGAGAAGGUUGGAAGCGGAGAGUCCAUGAUCAGUGCUCUUACCAGUGCGAUUAUGACUCCGGUAUUUUUAAAUGUUCUCAGUGCACUUACAAGUGAGAUUAUGACUCCGGCAAAUUUAAUUUUGGCUUCAAUAGGAUAAUAGAGUAGUCCUACACAAAACCUACAUUUUUGCUAUAUUAACUGUUGAGAGUUGAUGUACUUUUUGUCUUCGUUUCUUUCAUCCCAGUACUAGUAGUAGUAGUACUACAUGAAGAAUCAAAACCAUGAUCUAUCAACAAACAUAAAAACUCUACACUCCUUUGUCACGAAACAGAAACAUUUCUCAACACUCCUUUGUCACGAAACAGAAAGCAGACCGAGAAGGCAAAUUCGAGGACAUCGUUGUCCAGAACGCUGAUCAGACUUUGUCCUCUUUCGUCAGCAAAAUUGCGUCCGAAAUCGAGGAAAUGGAAGGCCAACGCCUCGCAGCAGUUGCAGUUGUGGAGACGGUAUUUUUAUAGGAUGUUCUUGACUUUUUUUGUAGUCGCUAAUAUUAUUUAUCCUUCAUGUACUGAAUGGACGAUGAGUAGUAAACAGGAGUAGUUGAUGUAGGUCUAGUUUUCAUUGACAUCACGUUUUACGACGACCUUGAGCACUUACCCAUUAUUGAAAAUUUUCCAUGCAACAUCAAUUCAGGCCGAGGCAGACCUCGCAGCGGCGAAGGAGCAAUUGGAUGCGUCUACUGUCCGCGUUAACGACAAAAAGACCCAGCUGUCGGCUUUGAAAAGCAAGGAAUCUGGAAUUAAGGUACUAACAGGAUUCCUUGCUCUUGAAUACGUCGAGUUUUAUCAUUGUUUCACGCAGCAUUUUUGCGAAAACAAUGAAUUCAACCAUUACUACAACGAACUACAGGCCAAGAUCACCGAGCAUCAAGAGAAGGUUGAUGGCGCCAGCGAGGCGAAGGCUGAUGCCGAGAAGACCGAAGAGGAUUUCGCUAAGGUCAUCUCGAGCUUCGUUUAUGAAAAGAUUCUUUGUCAUCUAACUCAGAAGUCGUGCUAGAAAUGAAAUUAAUAAUGAAACAAGACGAACCUCGUCUGUUGCCUUGUCUUUCGGUCACCAAUGUUGAUCAAAUCCUAGUGGGAAAUAUUUUUUAAGCCGACGAUAAAUCCUAGAGGUACAUCUCAGACCCCACAGACAUCCCCGUCCCCAGACCCUCUUGGCCAGACCCUAUCUACCUAUAUUGAUAUUGUAGGCCAAUACCUCUUCUAAUUCCUGGAGUUGAAGGAGAAGUCCAAUGCGGUCGUCGAAUCCGAUACCUAUGGUGAGGCUCCUUUUGAGGACGUCCAAGAACCGGUCGCAGACGAGGAAGAUGUCCAGAUGGAAGUGGAGGUCGAGGGAUAUCAUAUGGAGGCUGAGGAUCAGGCAUCUAUAGUGAUUUACUAGUACAUCAUUGGAGAGGUUUUUUUGUAGGACAGUUGGGUCUACUAGAGCUGGCUAUUUGAAGAGUGUAGUUUUCAAUCCUGAGAUUUGCAACAAGAAAGUAGAACAGUACAAAAUCAUAGUUGAUGUUUAGACGCGACCAAGUUCACGACCUUCACUGAGAGGCCUUGAAAAGAAAGAAAAAUACUUAUCCGCCAACAUAACCUAAUCUCAGGCCGCUGAGGCUGCUCCGGUUGAGGAAGCUGCUCCGGAAGCCCCGGCCGAGGCCGAGGCCGCGGACGCUGCGCCGGUGGUCGAAGAGGCUGCUGCCGCCGAAGUCGAGAUCCCAGCAGCUGCUGUUGCUGAUUAUGGAUUUUUUGAUGUCAAUGAUUGAGACUGACAGUAGAAAAGAUGACUUUUAUGAUUGGCUAAACGACCGAAUGACCGGCAACGUUACUUCUGACUCGUUGGUGUAUCGUACUAUAUACUUAUAAAUAUUAUACCAAUCCCUUACUCUAAUCCCGUAAGUUUUCCCCUCGUAAUAAACUUUAUACCUCCCUUCAAGACUACUUGUUCUAAUUACAAGAGCCGCAAGUCGAGGGUGACCACGAGAUGGCUGGUGAGGCCGCGGCUCCCCUGAACGCUGCGGACUACUACUAUGCCGACGAUGCCGAGUACUAUGCUGCCAACGCAGGUGCACCGGCACCGCAAGGCUUCUAAGGUUGCUAUACUCCUAGAGCAAACUUCUAAUAUGAUAGAGUAGAGAAAUAGAGAAGGUCGAACGUGUGAACCAAUGUCUGUGGUAUAGAGUUGUAGAGAGGAACUACCAAGAACAAGUAGCAUGUCGUGGAGGUACUGAGACAUAGGACUAUGAGAUGAGUGAGGCGAUGAAUUAGAGAACUGGCUUUUCAUUGAUGGAGAUUUCACGUUCCAGUACUACAAAUGAAGCGUUGCAAGAGGAACUUGAGGCACUACAACAAUCGAUAUAGCAACGACUUCUAUCUACUUCAGCAGGAGGUUCUUCUAUAAUAUGAAAUGUUGUGCAGCUUAGUUGUAAGUACAGUCUAAGGAUUAAGUAGCUGAUACAGCGGAAGCGGAUGUCGUACAAAAAACUACAGAUCUAAACUUCUAUUGGUGUUGAAACAGGACUAAUAAUGAGGUAGAAGUUCUUAUGAGUUGUCAACUCUCUUGCGGAGCUGCUCCCAUGAUGUUGGUUCGUUCGUUUGAAUGUUGUACUUUGUGCUUGUUAUCAUCUAUGAAUAGCUACUCCUACUUAUGCAAGCUUAACUACUAAUUGAAUUGACUGCUCAGAAGUCUCCGUUGUAGUGCGUUGUUCGUCUUCGUUGUAGUAAAAAUGUUGAAAAUGAUGAUUAUCUACUUAUACAGAAGAUCCAGAUGAUGCUAUUUUUCCUAUUGCUAUUGCCAUUAACCAAUUGAAGUAUCAAACAUGAGGAGUUAUAAUCGAAAAUGCGGAGUACAAUCAAUAUUAAGACAGAUUUUCUCAACUUCAGUCGGCGCGAUUUCUCCAAGAAACGCGUCUUUUCUCAACCUACAUAAUACAAGUUCCCUGCAAUUUGAUUCACAGGCCUGAAUAGUAGAUACAACGUUUAAACCAACUAUCGACUUCACUAUCUGAUUCUGAUCGCAAAAAUAUGGAUGCAAAAAGAAGAGACAAAUUCAAGUUCAACUUAGGAUCCUCUUGUGUGCUUAAAAACUCUCAACAGCUGGCAAACUUACUUAUACUAAAACCAAAAACUACUUCAACAGCAGAAAUACAAAAUCUAACAAACUACAUCAACAAGAAGUUCAAAAAAAACCUUUCAACUUACAACGAAUAAUGUGAAUGAAAAAACGAAUGGAGCCACUCAAAAACCACUUGAGCUGGCAAAGGACCCGGCGUUUUCACGAUGUAAUUGGUGAAUAAAGCUUGCUUUUCUUGAAAAAAACAUGCGCCGCUUAAU